AUCUUAGUUCUCACUCUUAUAUAGACUUUUUGUAAUCUGUCACAAAUAUUUGAAAUAAUUUUAUCAAAAUUUUAGUAGAUUUAUCUUUUUAGAAAAUGCAUUCGUCGGUACUUUUGGUGAUUCUACUGAUCAGUAUUUUGCCUAUGAUGAAUGCAGCCGAAUGGUUGACUAACACCCACAAUCCAAAGUUUCCAGGCAAAUGCACGAUUUCACCAAACAUGAUCCUCAAUGAGGGUGUUAGUGUGAAGGAUCCCAAUCACAAGUGUCGUCAGAUUAUUUGUGGACAUAAUGGAAUGACAAUUGUUCAAAAUUGUGGCGUUAGUGCCUUGUCGCGUCCUUGUCGCUAUGGGGAUUACAAAAAUAUCAUGUUACCCUAUCCCAAAUGCUGUGUAAGGCACAUCAUUUGCAAGUGACAAAGUUGUCAAAUUGAAUAAGUCUGUUUUGGAAUCGAAACACAUAUCAAAAGAGAAA